AUGUCAAUAAAUGCAGUCGAUUCGAAAAAACUGGUUGAAGCGCUGCUCGGUGACCUCCGGUUACUGUCUCAGGAGGCGAAAAAGAAGCAGAAUCAUGUGAAAGAGUCGGCGGAAUCCGGCGUCGUCCGAAUCAGAAACAUCAGCACGGCUUCCGUCGGCGACACGGUCCUCAUCACGAACCUCCGGGCGGCAUGCACAGAACUCCUCCAUCCACUCGUCCUCGCCUGCGAAACACGGCACACGAGACUAGUUCAGAUUGCAUUGCAAGGCAUUCAAAGACUUGUUCAGCAUCGCAUUCUUAGCGGAGUAAUCCAUGAAGGUUCAGAUUCAAAAAUCAAUCCAGUCUGUUCAGAAUGGCGCCACAAUUGUCACGAAUGAAUUGUGGGCACUGGUGGAGGCCGAAUGCGAAGAGUUGCGAGUGCUCCAAACAGUUCCUCCACUCGUCUCAUCAGAACUUGUCGUCACUGGAAACACGCUGGCUAAAGUAAGCGUGUUCCGUGUAAAUUUUGUACUCAAAAAUAAUUUCCUUUCAGUGCAUCGUCAUGUGCUUUCGUCUCCACUUCGCAAAAGACCCAAUUGUGAUCAACGCUGCCUCUGCCGCGGUCCGUCAGCUCGUCUCCACAGUCUUCGAAAGAGUUAUUCAAGAAGACGGAAUCUUCUCCUCCGAACUGACCGUCGUCAAUCCAUCCGGAGGACGACCGAGUCCACGAGCUGCUCCGCCAACACUGAGGCCAUGUGCAGCCGACGCCUAUAUGCUGUUCAGAGUGAGCGAUCACGAAAAUGACACGCUAGAAUAGUUCUUUUUCAGGAUUUGUGUCUUUUGAUAAAUGGAGAAGCUCCUGUCUGGCUAGUUGGAAUUCAAGAAAUGACACGAACACUUGGACUUGAACUUUUGGAAUCUCUUCUCAAAGGCUAUCCAUCCGUUUUCAUCAGACACACAGAAUUCGGAGGACUUUUGAAGGACGAUGUUUGCCCUCUGAUCAUCCGACUGUUUUCUCCGAACGUCAAAGCUAUGCACAUAUCCUCGCAGCAUCCUUCCGCACGGAACAGUUCGGCUUCGAUCAACAAUUAUCCGCCGACGAUAUCCCACGAAAGACAGUCUUUUCCCAUUUCAAUGCGACUCGUCCGAAUUGUCACUCUCAUCGUGCAGUUUUAUCAAAAUAUCCUCGUAAGAAAGCGUAUUCGUUGGAAUACCAUUGAAUCAGUCUUUUCAGCAUACGGAAUGCGAGAUUUUCAUAUCAACUCUUCUGAAGUUCGUCGACGGAGACAGGAAAGGAUGGCAGAGGCCGCUCGCUCUGGAAGCUUUGCACCGAAUAGUCUCGAGUACAGAUCUUGUCAAAUGGAUGACCGAAUCUUUCGAUUGCCGGCCGAACUCCACUCACGUUCUCGAGCAGGUGGCCAUUGGACUGUCGACUGUCGUCCAGCAAUGUCUUGUCAGCACUACUUUUUCCAGUGGUAAUUCAAGAAAAAUCGGUUGAAUCUGACUUGUUUCGACUUUUCAGAUCAAGAAAAUGAGCUAGAGCGGAGUCAAGAGGACGGAGGUCCAGGGUUCCUGAGCAAAGGACUCUGGGUGCCGUACGUCGAGCAUUUAACCACUAAAAAGACCAUUUUGUAAGCCAUCCAUAUUUUUUAUUUUGUUGAAAACAGGUUUCGAGUUUCAGACUGGAUUCCCUCGAUCGGAUGGAUGCCGUACAUGUUCCAGAAGGAUACGUCCUCUCCCGAUGCUGUGUGGCUCUCUGCGACAUGACACAAGCAGUCUACGCAGCCAUAGACAACCUCAGUCUUCCCGAUGAAAAUAGCGAGAUCGGAAGCCGAGACGCCAAAUUAGAAGUGGCCAAGGUGGCCUAUGCCAACUCCCAACCGAGCAUCCUCGCUGCCAUCGGAAGUCUCCUUGCUGCCAGUACGGAUGAGGUGGUCAGUGACCAAUUGCUCUGCUGCCUAUCCACUCUCAUCUCUGCCGGAUGCCGCGUUGGGGCAGGAGCCGAUCUGCACAGAAGUGUCUACGUGCUCGCCAUAAUGAGCCUCCCUUCUCCUUCAUAUCUUACUCAGUUCGCUGCAAUUGCUCCGCCGAGCCCAAAGAGCAAACGAGAUGUUCCUGUAGCGGAGCAGGUUUUUGACAUGGAAUCCUGGCCGUCCACAGCUCAAGUCACUGCCACAGGACCUCCGUGUCCGUGUCCAGUCGUAUCGCCGGAAUUAUGGAAUAAACAAGUAUUGUUGACCUCGAAAAACUUGCAAGCCGCUCGCACUUUCAUCGCUGCCGUCACUACGCACAUAAAGGAGCUGAAGGACCUGUGGUACUUGUGUCUGGCGACGUGCGAGCAUCUUUCGUGGCUUCUCGCGAUGCGACCAACUCAAGUGGGACAGUUCGAACGAGAAACAAGAGACGAUCACGCGAGUGGACCGACUGUCGUGACGAAUGCCGCCCUCUCGGACAUAGCAAUGCUCUCUUCCUUGAUGGACAAACUGGCACCUGCCAUUGCCGCCCUUCCAGACGAUUCGUUCCUCUCCGUUAUAGACGCACUCAUUCGGUUGUCUGAUGAGAGUCUCGCAGUUGCGGCCAUUCCAAGAGAGAGCUCUCUGUUCCCGCUUGCCGUUCUCUACAGAGUCUGUGUACUAUCUUUGGCGCGAUUGGACGUCUUCUGGCAAAAAACUGCGAAUCAUUUCAUCAAAGUGUGCAAUCACACUUCCGUUUCAAUGCGUGAUUGGGCGGCAGUCGGACUCACUUCAUUGGCAAAGCAGGCUGUCAAAUCGAAGACGGCGAUGGAUGCGAAGAGCCAGCAGGAGAUGUGCAUUUCCUCCCUUCUCGCCCUCUGCUCCAUUCCUCACAUUCAAGUUCGUCGUCGACAAUUGGACUGCGUGAUGUCCUUGAUGCAAACCGACGGAUCAUUCCUGCUUUCCACUUCCUGGCCCAACGUGAUACAGAUAAUUUCGGCGAUCAUUGACAAUGAUACAGGGUGAGGCUUGUUAAAACUAUUAGGCCAAACUCAUUUCAUUCCAGAUGCGAACUUUCCCUUGUCCGCCAAGGAUAUUUGGGUCUCCGUCUCGUGUCCUCCGAUUUCCUCCAGUCAAUUCCGUUCAAUUGUGUUUCUGGACUCGUUGAAGCCAUUUCGAGAUAUUCUAAGCAGAACACGGAUCAGAAUAUCUCCCUUUCCGCUCUAACUUUACUUGUUAGUCUCAUGUUCACAGCUCUCUUAACUGUAUCUUUUCAGUGGACUAUAUCCGACUUCAUAUACCGGAAGAUGGAGGCGGUCGGAAGCGAUGCUUCAGAAGCCGUUUGGAUGGUUCUCUACACUUGCCUCUCCGAGUCAUGCGUGGAUUCCCGUUUCGCCGUUCGCAAGUCGGCUUGCCAAACUCUUCUCCAGACGGUCACUGCUCACGGACAUGCUCUUCGAGCUGCCGCCUGGCACAACGUCAUCUGGCAGAUAAUGAUCCCACUGCUCGAUAAAGUUCGCUCUCAAACGAGAUGCGCUUCGACAGAGAAAGCGAACGGAGAGUUGAUAAUGCACCAUUCACGAGACACGGAACAGAAGCAGUGGACUGAAACAUGCAUCCAUACUCUGUCGGCCAUUUCGAAAAUAUUCAACUCGCAACGGAAGUCUCUUCUGGCAUUGCAUGACUUUGGAGCAGUCUGGGAAGCCUUCCUCGGAUACCUUGACUGGGCAGCGUGCUACGAAAACGCAGAGCUGUCUUUAUCAGCUAUCAGAAGCUAUCAGGAAGUGCUUCUCGGAAAGAUUUCCACUCAGACACUCAAUGUGAACAGUCAUGAGAAGAGUAACGGAACGGACUCGUUCGCUGAUGUCGUGACGCCGGAACUGCCGCAAGCACAGUGGGUGGAAUCAUGGAAAGUGUGGCUCCGAAUAUCGAGAGGACUCGCGAGGCAGGGAUGCGCUGCAAUGGCCAGCUCUGGGAGUGCUCCGAACGCCGAGACGAAGUCAACUGCGUCGACCCCGAGAAUGAACUCUUCGACCUCUUCUCUGACGUCACUGGCUCCCGGAGUAUAUGUGCCUGGUCCCUCCCAUCUCACUGCGAUCCUUCACAUCUUCCCGCAUUUGUUCGAUCGCGUCGCCAAGAGCAUAAUUGUGGAUGAUCUCAUGUACGAAAGUCUUCCUGCAGUGCUGGAGAGUAUGAUGAAUGUGCCGAUUCCGUCGGAGCAGGCUCCAUUUGUACUCCCUUCCUCGACAACUCAUCUAACACCGACUCAAGAAGCCCUGCUGGAAGCCGUCAAGAUUGUCUUCGUGGAGUGCACAAUCUCGGGAACUUCGCUCCGACCUGCUAUUCCCGAUCAAAUUCGUCUUCUCCUCAAGUUCGCCAGCAUGGCCACUCAACGGAUUUCACCGAACAAAGUGGCGCCUGGUGGCCAGAAGAGCUACGUAAGUCUCGGACUCCACAACAUCAUCUGGAAGUUUACUUAAUGUUUAGAGAGAUUACGCCCUCACUACAAUCGUGCCGUUCUCCGAGUAUUCACUCAGAAUUGCCAUCGAGUUUUUCACUUCGACCGCUCAAUAUCCGGAUGUGGCCAAUUCUUUGAUUGCCAUCGAUAUCAUCAAAUUCCUCGGAGAGCCGUUGUACAUGAAGUACACGUGCAUAUCUGCAACCACUUGGAAACUCGCUGCCAGUUCUUUGAUGUCCGUUCUGAAGACUUCGAUUCCGUACGCUCGUCAGAACCCAGAAGUGUUCAAAGGACUGUGGCCGGCCAUUUGCGACACGAUGGAAAGGUGGCUAUUCACUCCCAAGUAAGUAUCCUGUCUUGGUUCAAUAUUUAAAAUCCGUUUUUUCCGUUGCGGUUCCAGUAAAUCGAACAGAUUGGCAGCCGACGAAAGAAAACGAGAUGAGUUGAUGGAAUGCCAGGUAAGAAAGCGAGGAUGUUGAAAAGGGGCUUGAAGAAUGCUCGUCUCAGGCUAUCGAGAUAAUCCGGAAUGAGAUGCUCGCCUACGCUUCCCGUCUUCCACAAGGAGACGUGCAGAGACUCAUCGCCCUCCUCCAUCGUGGAUCCAUUUCUCAAAUCGACUCGACCGACGUCCUCGGUAAGUCUUCCCACAGUGCCAUUUUCUCUUCUAACACUCUCACCCUGAUAACCGGUCUCGGUAAACCUCCGCAACUUCUCAGCAAACGUUGGGGUGAUAGCAGAUUUUGAACAAAAGUUCAGCAACUUUUGAAGGAACGUUUGGAAUUAGCAUUUUUUUGUACAACACUUCAGGAACUUCUGAGCUAACGUUCAGCGCCAUCAACUUUUGAACAACACUUCAGCAGCUUUUGAACAACAGUUUAGUCACUUUUGAGCAAACUUUAAGGCGAUAGCAACUUUUGCGCAGAACUUCAGCAACUUUUACGCAUAACAUUAGCCGCUUUUGAGCAGAAGUUAGGUCAAAGUUUCUGAAGUUUUGCUGAAAAGUUGCAGACGUUAGCCGAGGUGUUGGUGUUCCUUAUAGACACUUUCCUGAUCGCAUGUGUUCGGUGUACUCGGUAACAACCCUCGAGUUCAGCUUCAGACUCGCACACUCAACGGAAUGAGCUGGCGAAAGCCUGUUUUGAUGCUCUUCUCAUGUCAACCGACGGAUCACAAUCGGAUGCGGAUGACGACGAAAACAGAGGAAUUCUUGGUAAUGUUGCAGUGACGAGUCUGCUUCAGAGGUGCACACAAGUGAGUGAACAAGGCGCUGUCCCGAAGAUAAAUGACUAUUCAGGUGAUGUCUGACUUCUGCAAAGACUGGUCCGCAGCCGGAGACCUCCGUCUACCAAGGUCUCGAAUCCUCGAGAUCAUAUCAGCUCUGCAAGCCGUCGAUUCGCUCAUCGCCCGACUGGCGAGAGAUCCACGAAUGACUGAACUCUAUUCCCAGCUCGUGUCCCUGUUCCCAUCAGUAGUCGACGUAAUGCCGUGCUGCCAUGCCGAUUCUCUGCUCGAGCAACAGCUAAUCAAAACAAUAAAGUCGUAUCAGACAUUGUUCCUGCUCCAAAACAUCCCCCAACCCACCGUAUGA